UCUCCGCCUCAAACCAUGGCCCGUCGGCUGCGGGUUCAUUUUGGCUCCGGCCGAAGCCCCGCGGCCCCCGAGUCGGAGCUCCUCGAGCGGGGGGAGGACGACUUUUGGCUGCCGCGGAACGCCUGCGACCCGAAGAGGAGCACGGCCAUGUUCAUCCCGCAGCUGCUGGGCGGCGCCGAGGCCCGGCCCACGCGCAGCUCCUCCGUGCAGAUCUCGCUCCAGCGCAAGGGCGACGGCGGCGACGACGCCGGGCCCUGCCAGCCCUCGGCCCUCGGCGAGCGCUGCUGCGCCGCCCCGCCGGAGAACCACCCUGCCGCCCCGGGCAGCCCGCGGGGGACCCCCAAAAACUCCAAUGGAACCGUUUGCCAUAAUCACCGAGUGUUUCGUGCCGUCCCCUCCAAGGAGGAGGCGGACGAGGCGCCGUCGGGUCGGAACGUCAGCGGGGUGAGGAUCCAGCAUCGGGCGUCCAGCGCGGAUGUGCCUCAAGUGACUCUGCUUCCCUUGGGCUCGGAGGCUCCGAGUAACGCCGAGCCCCGGCGCUGGUCCUUGCAGCAUGUGCCGGAUCCGGCGGCGAAUUCGGGGAAGAAGCUCUUUGUUCUCCAGUUACAGCAGCCGCCGAGCGGAGCGGGCGCGGGGGGCGGGGGUGACUUCGGGUUUACCGGCACAAAGGGAGACAGAUUGGUCAGGUACCCCCGGAUACGGCUGGAAAGGAGCACUUCCUACCCCGUGCAGCCGCCGGCGGAAGGAAUCGACCCCCCGGCCGACGGGCCGGGCUCGGAGCCGCCCGGGGCCGGCAGGAGCAGGUCAGAGAUACCGGGCAGCGACUCGGGGGAGCGGAUUCCUCAAGGGCAGGGCUGCUUGUUUAAAAUCAGGCCGGAGCAGAACACGAGGCAGCAGCACUUCAGGAUUCUUGUCACCCGCGGGCCCGAGGAGCAGAGUCAGGGGGUCGGCGCCGACGGUCCCGGCGCCGUGACCAGAGACGACUUCCUGGGCCAGGUGGAUGUGCCGCUCAGCCACCUCCCGACCGAAGACCCGACCAUGGAGCGACCCUACACAUUUAAGGAUUUCCUCCUCAGGCCCAGAAGCCACAAGUCGCGCGUGAAGGGUUUCCUGCGGCUGAAGAUGGCCUACAUGCCCAAAAACGGGGGCCAGGAGGAGGAGAACGGCGACCAGAGGGACGACUCCGAGCACGGCUGGGACGUGGUGGAUCCCGGCGACCCCGCGGCCCAGCGGCAGGAGGAGCUGCCGCCCCCGCCGCUGCCCCCGGGCUGGGAGGAGAAGGUGGACAACCUGGGCAGGACCUACUACGUCAACCACAACAACAGGAGCACCCAGUGGCACCGGCCCAGCCUCAUCGACGUGGGCUCGGACUCCGAGAACAACAUCCGGCAGAUCAACCAGGAGGCCGCUCACCGGCGGUUCCGCUCACGGCGCCACAUCAGCGAGGACCUGGAGCCGGAGCCGGCGGAGAGCGGGGACGUCCCUGAGCCCUGGGAAACCAUCUCCGAGGAGGCGAGUGCCGGCGGGGAUUCCUUGAGCCUGGCGCUGCCGCCCCCUCCCGCGUCGCCGGUGUCGCGGAGCAGCCCCCAGGAGCUGUCGGAGGAGCUGAGCAGGAGGCUCCAGGUCGACGCCAACGGGGAGCAACUCGGCUCUUUGGUUCAAAGAGAACCCUCCUCCAGGCUGAGGUCGUGCAGCGUCACGGACGCGGUGGCCGAGCAGUCUCAGUUAGCCCUGCAGCCCUCCGUGGCCUACGUGCACACCACCCCCGGGCUGCCCUCGGGCUGGGAGGAGCGCAAGGACGCCAAGGGCAGGACCUACUACGUCAACCACAACAACCGCACCACGACGUGGACGCGGCCCAUCGUGCAGCUCGCCGAGGACGGGCUGGUGGCCCCGGGCAGCAGCGGCAGCAGCAGCAACCACCUGAGCGAGCCGCAGAUCCGGCGGCCCCGCAGCCUCAGCUCCCCCACCGUCACCCUGUCGGCCCCGCUGGAGGGCAUGAAGGACUCGCCGGUGCGCCGGGCGGUGAAGGACACCCUGUCCAACCCCCAGAGCCCGCAGCCGUCCCCCUACAACUCCCCCAAGCCCCAGCACAAGGGGGCCCAGAGCUUCCUGCCCCCGGGCUGGGAGAUGCGCAUCGCGCCCAACGGCCGCCCCUUCUUCAUCGACCACAACACCAAGACCACCACCUGGGAGGACCCGCGGCUGAAGUUCCCGGUGCAUCUGAGAUCCAAAGCGUCCCUGAACCCCAACGACCUGGGCCCUCUGCCUCCCGGCUGGGAGGAGAGAAUCCACCUGGACGGGAGGACCUUCUACAUCGACCACAGAAGCCAGGUGUUGGUUUGUGGAGACAUUGAGCCCAGAGACUUAGUGCCCUCCUACGAUAAUAAAAUCACCCAGUGGGAGGACCCCAGGCUGCAGAACCCGGCCAUCACCGGCCCGGCCGUCCCCUACUCCCGGGAGUUCAAGCAGAAAUACGACUAUUUCCGGAAGAAGCUGAAGAAACCCGCCGACAUCCCCAACAGAUUUGAGAUGAAGCUGCACCGCAACAACAUUUUUGAGGAGUCCUACCGGCGGAUCAUGUCGGUGAAGAGACCCGACGUCCUCAAAGCCCGGCUCUGGAUCGAGUUCGAGUCAGAAAAAGGACUUGACUACGGGGGUGUGGCCAGAGAGUGGUUUUUUCUCUUGUCCAAGGAGAUGUUUAACCCUUACUACGGGCUCUUUGAGUACUCAGCCACGGACAACUACACACUUCAGAUUAAUCCUAAUUCAGGUCUCUGUAACGAAGACCACCUGUCCUACUUCACCUUCAUCGGCCGCGUGGCCGGGCUGGCCGUGUACCACGGGAAGCUGCUGGACGGCUUCUUCAUCAGACCUUUCUACAAGAUGAUGCUGGGCAAGCCCAUCACUCUGAAGGACAUGGAAUCAGUGGACAGCGAAUAUUACAACUCCCUGAAGUGGAUCCUGGAGAACGACCCCACCGAGCUGGAUCUCAUGUUCUGCAUCGAUGAGGAGAACUUUGGGCAGACAUACCAAGUGGACCUGAAGCCCAACGGCUCCGAAAUCAUGGUGACCAACGAGAACAAGAGGGAGUACAUCGACCUGGUCAUCCAGUGGAGGUUUGUCAACAGGGUGCAGAAGCAAAUGAAUGCCUUCCUGGAGGGGUUCACAGAGCUGCUUCCCAUCGACCUGAUUAAGAUUUUUGAUGAGAAUGAGCUGGAGCUCCUGAUGUGCGGCCUCGGCGACGUCGACGUCAACGACUGGCGCCAGCACACCAUCUACAAGAACGGCUACUGCCCCAACCACCCCGUCAUCCAGUGGUUCUGGAAGGCCGUGCUGCUGAUGGACGCCGAGAAGCGGAUCCGGCUCCUGCAGUUCGUCACCGGGACGUCUCGAGUGCCUAUGAACGGAUUUGCUGAACUUUACGGUUCAAAUGGUCCUCAGCUGUUUACAAUAGAGCAGUGGGGGAGUCCCGACAAGCUGCCCCGAGCUCACACCUGCUUUAACCGCCUGGACUUGCCUCUCUACGACUCGUUCGAGGACCUGCGGGAGAAGCUCCUCAUGGCCGUGGAGAACGCCCAGGGCUUCGAAGGGGUGGAUUAGCCCCGGGCCCUGGGGCCCUUCCAAGCACAUUCUGUUUUUCCCUGGGGGGAAAACCACCCCAGGGACUGUUUGGGGAGCGGCACCCGAGCCCCCCGGGUUGGGGACUGUGCCGACGGAUCACAUUUCAGCAGGACUUCACUCUAUUUAUGUCGUGCCUCUGCAAGGCAAAAGCCCUCAAUAAAUAUUUUACAUCCUUUCUAAUGGCAA